CGCUUUAUUGUACUUCCAUACUGCUUUCCACUUGCUUGUAUAAAAUACCGGCGAGUUCUUCACUUGCCUUGCUUAUCAAAACCUCUAAUAGAUCCCAUGCAUAAUUAAAUCAUUUGAGCGGUAUGUAUCGAUUCUAGUAAUCUUAUUUAUGGCAAUCGUCCCCACCAGUGUUCACUCGACACUCUCGCUCGUGCGCUUCUUACUGUCUCACCUCAAUUUCCCCACGGACUGUCCACAGCAGCUUGGCUUUUUCCAUUUAAAAAAAUACGUAUUCCCUCCUAUUCCCUGGAUGUUCUUCGGUCGAUCCAUCUACUGUUUCUCAAUAUCCCAUGUCGGCCUUUCUCUGACUGUCUGCACAGAUUUGAGAGUUGACCGGGUCAAUCGAUACCGUUAUCGAUCAGGUACCAGACUUUGAGCCUAUUAGUUUCGUCGACUGGCCCGGUGCCAGCAUGUCACACCCAUCGGAGAAUCUUCAAGUUCCGGUACAUCAGCAUGAGAAGAGAUUAGAGGGCGAUACCCCCGA